CAUACAUGAAGACUACGAGAUACUCGACAUCACGGCAAAAAUCAUGCCAACCAUGCUCCAACGCCAAAGCGAAAUGCGAUCGCAAGGCAACAUCAUGUAGCCGAUGCACGCUACGAGGACUAGCUUGCACGUACUCGCAGGCAUCUUUGUCUGGAGGUUCCCAAGUUUCUCUCGAAAAAACGGAGACAAGAGGCAGCCUGGUUUCCGUAUCGGGGAGCCUCCCGCUUCAUGGCUCAACUCCCGAGCCGAAUGUUGCCAUGUCACCGACAACACAGAGCUCAAGUCUUUAUCUUGCCGGUGAAUCUACGGCAUGUAUCCAGCCUGCUGGAGCUACUAGUCUCGAUGGCCUAGUCAGCCCGGCUUCAACAAACCUUGCAGACACGAGCCGGUCCGCUCAUCCAAGACGGCACCAAGUUACAUCCACCCAUACCACCCGAGGAGGAGGAGGGUCAGCUGCACAUGUCCUCGACUUCUCACAUGUCGAUCUCGUGUGUCCCAUUAACGCGAAUGACAUCCAAAACCGCUGGCUCAAACCUUACGUAGAGGUAGCUGUCCCCGGGCAGACGGCCAAAACGCUUUCCCCGAGCAUCACAGCCUUCACAUAUAGAAUCCUCAAAUCGUACGCGGCUGUUGCGGUCCGAGGCGGCGGCCAUAGCCUCCCGCCGUUUCUACACCCAGUUCAUGUGCGUCACACAUUACCAAACACACCAGCGCUCUCGACUUGCUUAAGCCUGAUUCGGAGCUGCGAAAAGCCGCUGCCUGGCAGCGAAGGAGUCCUUGCCGAGGUUUUGCAGCGCGAGAUGAACAAGCUCUAUGAGCAAUACGGCCACAACACUUGCGAUGCUGAUGAUGAUGAUGAUGAUGAUGAUGAUGAUUCGGCGCAGCUGCUUGCGGCAUUCCAGGCUUACUUGGUGUACACCUUGGUCUUGUACUAUCGACUCCAUGUCGGCCGGGAUGCUGCGGACCACCCUUUCCUCCGACUACAACAAGCAAUGAUGCAUCUCCAGAAGAUUGCAUGCGCCUGUUCGGCGCGGGGGCUAGUGUGCUCGGCCGAACAAGACGGACAUGGAGGAGCACAAGGAGCCCGGCGGCCGAGGUGGGAAACGUGGAUCGUGGCCGAGACGAAACGGCGAACGCUCUACACCAUGUAUCUUUUGGACAACAUGCUCACUGCCAAAGAGGGUCUUCCGACUUUUCUUGGCACCGAGUUGCGAGGACUACCGGCGCCAGCAAGCAAAGCUCUGUGGCAGGCAUCAGCUCGGGAUGAGUGGGAAAAGGCAUACAACUUGCACGUGGCCGAGUGGCCACAAACGGAGGGUGGUGGCCUUUGCAUCGAUGAGCUUUGGGCAGUUCCAGCAGACAUGGAUGAGGCGGGCUUGGUGGAAAGGCGCAGGAGAGUGGACCAGUGGUUGGAGGGUGUCGAUGAGUUUGGGACAAUGAUGUAUGCGGUGACGAGUUGCACGCAUGGAGGCUAAUUCUUGUUG